AUGAAGUUCUCUACUCUCUUUUCAAGCGCCAUCGUGGCCCUUAUUUGCGGCACGGCUGUUGCCGCGCCGGCUCCCCUUGGAAACGGCCUUGUCCAGCGUGAGGAUGAUAUGUACUGCGAUGGCUGCGGCAAUCUCGGGAAGCGCGAGCCUGUGGUUGAGACUAAACGCGAGGACGAUAUGUACUGUGAUGGCUGUGGCAACAUCUAA